GUGCAAGUGGAGCUGACCUGCUGAUAACCUCACACCUCACUCUGCCUACUCGUACAAAAGCAGUGAUCGCGACGCACAAGAGCUGCCGGCUCGCGGCAGCCACUUUCCUCUGCUCUACUCCUCAUCUCACCAAUAUCUACCUACCUUAUUCAACGCGCGCGCUGUAAUCACUGACGCGGCAAACCGUGUAGCUGACGUGGCUGGCAUUGCUUCUGACCUUGCUUUGUCUCUAUCUGCAUUUGCCUCUGCCGAAAUCGCCUUUUUUUCUCUACUGGGUUCCAUUGCCUUCACACUUAUGCAGUUAUUCAAGCUCCCUCCCCGCUGCACCUCUGUACAUUCAUUCGCCGCGCCGCCUCUGCGCGCAAGGCCAGAAACACCACUUAAAAAGAAACCUUCCCCUAGCUAACAACCGCGCGUGAUAUUCACAACCAACGUCAUCAUGAGGGAGAUCGACGCACAUUUCGAUGCCUAUGAGCAUCUCAAACACCUACCCCGCGAUCUAGAGGCGCUUCAUAUGCUGCGCAAGGUUGCUUCUGUAGUGAAACCAAUAAUGAGGAAGCGCGGCUGGAAGAUCGGUACACUGGCUGAGUUCCUACCCGACGAACCCCAACUUCUGGGCCUCAACAUUAAUAGAACCGAGAGGAUACUGAUCCGGUUACGUUAUCACCAUGAUUCAAGGCAAUUCUUGCCAAUGGAGCAAGUCACAGAUACCCUGUUGCAUGAAUUAUCUCACAUUGUCUGGGGUCCUCAUGACCAUAACUUCAAUAAUCUAUGGAAUGAGCUUCGUGAGGAGCACCAGUCACUAAUGGCCAAGGGCUACACUGGGGAAGGCUUUCUAUCUGCAGGGAACAAGCUGGGUGGUAGGCGCAUUCCUCUGGAUGAGAUGCGGCGUCAAGCCCGGGUCGCAGCAGAAAAAAGACGAGCGACCACAAAUGUAAAUUAUGGAGGUCAUCGUCUAGGAGGUGGACAUGUCACGGGAGGUGUGGAUAUGAGGCAGGUUAUCGCCGAUGCGGCAACACGCAGGAACAGUAUCACCAAUGGUUGUGCAAGCGGCAGUGACCAGGCUGGGAGGCUUAACCAUCAGGCAGUAGAAGACGGAUUUAGAACCAAAGCUGAGGAAGACGAUGCGAAUGAUCUAGCCAUCGCCCAGGCCCUACAGGAACUGAUGGAAGAGGAAGAAAUGGCAAGAUUAUGCUCACCAAACGGUGGAGGUGGACUGGCAUGGGACCCGGAAAAUGGUCUCUCUUUCGACGAUGCCGCAAACCCAAAUCGUUCAUCGAGCGUCAACAACGGGGCAUGGAAGGGGCCGACGCCAUCUGGGAAUUUGCCUCGACCACUGUCACGACUGGUGACCGAUUACAAUUCAGGAUAUAUUUCCAGGUCGGGAUCGGCAUCAAAUACACGGCCGACCUCCCGUCUGAUAUCCCAGGAAGAGGAAGACUACCGAAACAAAGACUUACCACCAUCCCCUCCCGCAACAUCUCCCUCGCCACCACCUAUAUCGACGGAUCCUAAUAGAUGGGCUUGUCCGCAGUGCACACUGCUAAACCCGUUGGAGUACCUUGCCUGUGACGCUUGUGGUCUUGAGCAACCCCCACAACCUAUUCCACAACAUAAACGUUACGGUCCGUCACAUCACCCUGCCAGCCUUCCCAAACCACCUCCAGCUUCUGGUAUGCGAGGGCCUGAUGCAACUCCUUUCGAACCAGCCAGGGGAAGGAUUGGCUGGAAUUGUCUGAAUUGCGGCACCUUCAUGGAGAAUCAGUGGUGGACGUGUUCACUUUGUGGCACCAUGAAGGCGGAGUCGUAGAGAACGAUGGAUCUUCCAUGUACAGCACGCUCGUUCAGUCUUAUGAUGACCUCUGAGGGUUCAAGAAUUCUGUGUUUCAACGAAUGCAAUGGAGGCUACUUUGUUAUGGUUUUAAGCAUGUGAAGCGAAAGCAUUGUUGCGCAGGCGUUCUAAGAAGAUGCGUUUUGCAUAAUCUUUGAUUUAGCAUUUUUGUUAUACCCUUCCAUAUCUCGAGACGUCAUCAUCCACUUUCCCAAUGAAUAUAUUAAUCCCUCUUCCAU